AUGUCUUCUGAGGGGGCAGAGUAUACCAUUGGGGGGGUGAAAAUCAUCUUCCCCUGCAAGGCUUACCCCUCCCAGCUGGCUAUGAUGAAUGCUAUUGUUAAGGGCUUAAACACCAGGCAGCACUGCUUGCUGGAGAGCCCUACAGGAAGUGGCAAGAGCUUGGCAUUGCUUUGUUCUGCAUUGUCUUGGCAGCAAGCUCUGCAUGAGAAAUUCCUGCUUACCUCAUCCUGUGAGAAGGAGGACAGCAAGGCAGAGACCUCCCCACCAUGUCACUGCACAUGUCAUUCCCAGUCCAAGAGCAAUGAGGCUGCAACAAGCAUGAAUCAUGGUGCUGCUGCUUCUCAUAGCUGUGAAACAGGAAGCUCACUGCCAAAAACAGGGAGUAAGGAAAAUGAAACCUUAGCUUCAAAAUUGUGUGCCAAAAAGAAGUUAUUUCAACUUGACAGAGACAAUGAUGAUUUCCAAGUAGACAGGAAAAGGAUUCGUCCCUUGGAAACAGAGCAGCAGGUGAGGAAACGCCACUGUGCUGCCAAAGGAGUGCAGUUUGUGGAUGCUCUGGAAGUUUAUCAUCAGAGGAAGAAUGGAGAGCUGACUGUUCACUCUGAAAAAAGUGCAAACCCCACUGCUUUUUCUCCUCAGGCAUCUUCUGGCCCUUGCACUGUGUGUUCUUGUUCCUCUGGAAAAGACCCUGAGAAAGAUCCCAGUCACACAAAGAAGAAAGAAAACGGGGAUAAGCUGUCUGUUCCCAAAAUAUUUUUUGGCACACGAACACACAAACAAAUCACCCAGAUCAGCCGUGAGCUGAAGAGAACAGCCUAUGCCUCUGUGCCCAUGACCAUCCUCUCCAGCAGGGAUUACACCUGCAUUCACCCAAAGGUGUCCAACAGUGCUGGCAACAGGAAUGAACUGUGCCAGGAAUUGCUGGAAGGAAAACAUGGCAAGUCCUGUGCUUACUACCACAGUAUGCAUAAACUCAGUGAGCACUUUGCCCUACAGGCUGCACAUGGGGUGUACCAGGCCUGGGACAUUGAAGACCUGGUGAGCCUGGGCAGGCAGCUUCGUGCCUGUGCUUACUUCGCAGCCAGAGAGCUCAUGGUGGGAGCAGACAUUGUGUUCUGUCCUUACAAUUACCUCCUCGACCCACAGAUACGAGAGAGCAUGGACAUUCACCUGAAAGGCCAAGUAGUCAUUUUGGAUGAGGCCCAUAACAUUGAGGACUGUGCUCGGGAGUCAGUGAGUUACAGUGUUACAGAAAGUCAGCUCAGAGCUGCUCGAGAUGAGCUCGAUUACAUGGUCACUAACAACAUCAGGCAGAAGGAUCAUGAGCCCCUGCGAGCUGUGUGCUGCUCCUUGAUAAACUGGUUACAGGAGAGCUCCAGUCAGCUGGUCGAGAGAGGGUAUGAAACUUCUUGUAAGGUGUGGAGUGGAAAAGAAAUGCUCUCCUUCUUACACAACAUGGGAAUCACUGGGAUUUCUUUCCCCAUUUUGCAGAAACACCUUGCUACUGUCCUGGAAAAAGAAGAGAAGAUGUGUGUGCAUGGCCGAGAGGAGAUGGUGGAGGUGCCAGUGGUGAGCCCUGGCACACAGAUCGUGCUCAAAGGGCUCUUCAUGGUCCUGCUGUGUCUCUUCAAGCAGCACAGCAGGUUUGCAGAUGAUUACAGAGUUGCUCUGCAACAAACUUACACUUGGAUGAAUGAAAACCAACCUGAUGAUUUGGAUGCAAGUCCCUUCUUCACACGGCCCAAGCACAAAAAGAGUUCCAGGCACAAAACCCUUGUCCACAUGCUCAGUUUCUGGUGCCUGAACCCUGCUGUGGCGUUUUCUGACUUAAAUGAGGUUAGGACAAUUGUUCUGACCUCGGGUACUCUCUCUCCCAUGGAUUCAUUUUCCUCAGAGCUUGGUGUGAAGUUUUCCAUUCAGUUGGAGGCAAAUCAUGUUAUUAGGAAGUCCCAGGUCUGGGUUGGCACUGUCGGAGUAGGCCCCAAUGGGAGGAAGUUGUGUGCCACGUUCCAGCACACAGAGACCUUUGAGUUCCAGGAUGAGGUGGGAGCACUUCUGCUCUCAGUGUGCCAAACAGUUGGCCAAGGAAUUUUGUGCUUUUUACCAUCCUAUAAGAUGUUGGACAAACUCAAGGAUCGCUGGAUACACACUGGUUUGUGGAAGAAACUGGAGCUGGUUAAGACAGUCAUUGCAGAGCCUCAGGGAGGGGCAAAGAGUGACUUCGAUGAGCUGCUGAAAAUAUACUAUGAUGCAAUAAAAUGUAAAGGAGAAAAAGAUGGAGCUCUGCUGAUAGCUGUGUGCAGAGGCAAAGUGAGUGAAGGGCUGGAUUUCUGUGAUGAGAACGCUCGGGCAGUGGUCACCAUAGGGAUUCCAUUUCCAAAUGUGAAGGACCUUCAGGUUGAAUUAAAGAGGAAAUACAAUGACCAGCACAAAAGUACAAGAGGCCUUUUAUCAGGGAGUCAGUGGUAUGAAAUUCAAGCUUAUAGAGCUCUCAACCAAGCCCUGGGAAGGUGCAUCAGGCACAGGAAUGACUGGGGUGCUCUCAUUUUAGUUGACGAUCGGUUCCAGAACAACCCAAACAAAUACAUAAUUGGAUUAUCUAAGUGGAUUCGUCAGCAAGUCGAGCACCACAGAAAGUUUGAGAAUGCCCUUGAGUCCCUGCAUGCCUUUGCUGUAAGGAACCAGAAAGGCAGUGACUGUCCCUCAGAGCACAACAGUGAACUCCUCCAUGUGCCUCCAAAAGACCUGUCACAAGGCUCUGAACACGAGGCAACUAUUCAUCUGUCACCAGAUGUUCCUGCUAAAAGUACAGAGCAAAAUUUGCGUUCAGAAGGUAAUUUUACUAAAACCAUCAACUCAGUUAAUCCUGCAGCAGCGAAUCAGCCAAGUGGCCAGAAAGUUAGUGUAGAGAGUCAUUCUCACCAGGCAAAACAAAGAAGAAAACAUAAGAACCCCACAACCAAAGUGCCAACAGCUAAAAUAGAGAGAGAAGAAAAGAAUGGUUGGACUAAUGCUGAGAGUAUGGAAGGGAAUUGCUGCACUAAACCACUGACUUCAACACCUUUGCCUGUAGCCCAGAACUGCAGGUCCACAGCUGGUAGCAAACAAGAGGAUGUGGAUGGGCCUAGUGAACUUGUUGACAGUGUAAAUCAGUGCCAAUCAUUAACUGCAGAACUCAACCCAAGGGGACCAGAACCGUGUUUGGAAACAACUCAUUUUUCAGUUCAAAUGACUGAGGCCUCAGUUGCUGAAGGGUGUCCUGGUAAGCCACAGCUUCAAGCUGAGCCCUGCAGUGAGUUUCCCUCAGCAGGAGAGGAAGCUGAACUUUCAACAAUAAAUGUGUCUGCAGAAGCUGAAGAUGAGGAUGAGAGUAUCUACUUCACUCCAGAACUCUAUGAUGCAGAACCAGAGGAAGAGAAAGCUGAACCACCGGUUCCAACCUGUAAUGGAAAUGAGAAUUGGGUUGAAUGUGGAAACUCCACAGUUGCUGAUGAGCUUUUUGCAAUCAACACUUCAGAAGCACUAAAUGUGACUAAAAAACUGGUUGAGGAUGAUGGCAGGAGCACGAGGUCACAUGGCAUAGUGCAGAAUGAGAGGAGUAAGGAUAGUGCAGUGAAUCCUCUAGAGAUGGCUAGUGCAGUGGGAGCAGAGCAGAGAGCAGCUCAGGAGAUGGACACCACAAAGCAGAGAAUCAGUCUCUCCAGGUCACAGAACAAAGGUGUGUCAUCUUUUCUACUGAGCAGUCGUAGCACAUGGGGACAGUUUCUAUAG